AUGUCAUACCGGAGACCUCCUAUGCCUUUGCCUGAGGAAUUUGAGUCUUUGCAUAUCAGCAACAUAACACCACAUGCAUCGCACGAAUUGCCCGACUUGAUGGGUCCUUCAGUGCCCGCCAGACGACCACCCGCUCUACCACCUAGAUCCCUGGGACUUACAACUAACUCAGAUCCUCUUUGUCCUUCCAGACUAAUUACAAGUGAAAUGUCAGCUUCAACUCAAGCCGACAACAUCUUCCAAACACCUAUCUCCACCGAUGCUCCUCUCGGGACCUUUUCGAAGGUCUCACAUCCAGUUCCAUUACCCGCUAAUACGGCUACCAACGGCAAGGCUACUGAAACUAAUAAGUUUUACGGUAACAUGCUAAUCGGCGAUCAGACGAACCCUGCAUGGACUCAUCCUUAUUCGUUUUAUUGGUCGAAGGAUGCCUACCUUGGUAUGGCUGUGUCAUACGUCAGCGCUUCUCAACGAGUCUUUGGCGGUGGCAACCCACCUGAAUACUUUUUCGGUCCCGCCGGCAUAAGAUCUUUUGUGUACGGCGCGGUUGAUUUUUCAUCUGCUAACCAGAUGUCGUUGGGCUUCACGAACUUGACGCAUUUGCAAGCUCACGUCAAAGUGACGAAAAAUCAAAACCAGUUUAUCCUGGUUCCGCUUGUUCAAGGUAUGGGCUUUGCCACAGCAGUGUACUACAACAUGAUUCCAAAGCUUUUUUCGCCAAUAGGUUACAAAAGCGUUGUUGGUGUAACGUCACCUCGUUCUGGAAUCCAAAAGUACAAGAUCGUAUUAGAGAACAACGUCACUUGGUCUCUUUACGUUACUGUUCCCUCAGGCCAAUCCCUUGCCUUGGCGUUGGCCAACGGAAAUCAAAUUGUGGGCAACAAAAGUGUUAACGGGUGUAUAUUCCAGCUUGUGCCUGACACCAACAAUGCCAUUGAUGCAGCUGCCGGCUGCUAUCCAAAUAGUGGGACUUUAUCUGGCUCUGUGUCUGGCACCACUGGCCAGUACACCAUAUCAUAUGGCUUAAGUGGCUCGAGCAACGGCGGAAAGACCUUGAUGUAUGCAUGUCCUCACCAUGUUUCGUCUUUUACAUCAGCUAUGGCAAGCAGAAGAAUCAAUUCAAAUCUUGAUUCUGUGACGAUGGGCAGAAUGACUGGUUAUUUGACCAAUAGUUUUGAGUUGCAAGUCAAUGUCCCAUCGCAGGUCGGUUUCGAUCCAUUCUCCACCAUAUCGGGUAAGUCUGGUCCCAAUUAUUCUGCCGACGUUUUGAACGCUAUCAGAGCUGCUGCACAAUCCGAAGCAAACGGAAAUGUGGUCAAUGAGUCCAACGUUGACUCGAUGUACUUUGGUGGCAAAGUCCUUGCAAAGUAUGCUUGGACACUUUACAGCUGUCAGUACGUUCUAAAAGACUCAAACUUAGUACAUACCCUUUUGGCAAACUUGAAAUCUGCGUUUUCAAGAUUCACAAACAAUUCGCAGAUCUUGCCACUACGGUACGAUACUACAUGGGGUGGAAUCAUUUCAUCUGGUAGCUCUUCUCAAGAUUUCGGGAACUCCUACUACAAUGACCACCACUUCCACUAUGGAUACCAUGUCAUUGCGGCUGCCAUAGUUGCCAAAGUUGACCGCGACAAUGGGGGUAACUGGCUGAGUCAGAAUAGGUCGUGGGUAGAAAACCUGUUGAGAGAUUAUUCGAACACAAACUCUGCAGACCAAUACUUCCCCGUUUUCAGAUCUUUUGACUGGUUUGCAGGCCACUCUUGGGCAAAAGGUCUUUUCCCCAGCGGAGACGGUAAAGAUGAGGAGUCCAGCUCUGAGGAUGUCAACGCCGCCUACGCCGUCAAGCUGUGGGGUAAUGUCACUGGAAAUCGGAACUUGGAAAAUAUUGGUAACCUCGAACUUGGUAUUAUGCAAGGUUCCCUAAACAGCUAUUUUCUGUACCUCGACAACAAUACUGUUCAACCUGCUCAGUUCAUUCCCAACAAAGUUAGCGGGAUUCUGUUUGAGAACAAGAUUGACCAUACCACCUAUUUUGGAACUGAGAUACAAUACAUUCAGAUGAUCCACGCCAUUCCCAUUACGCCGAUAUCGAGUUUUAUACGCUCACCCACGUUUGUUCAACAAGAAUGGAACGAAAAACUUGCCAAUAUUGUGAACAACGUACAGGACGGUUGGAGAGGUAUCCUUAUGCUGAACUUGGCUUUAUCAGACCCUCGUUCCUCUUAUUCUUUCUUUGCAAGCUCUUCCUUUUCUAAUAACUAUUUGGAUAACGGACAAAGUAAGACUUGGUCAUUGACUUAUUCAGGUGCCUUCAUAUGA